GUUAUUUUAAUAUUUACAAAUCGAAUAAAAAACAAUAACAAUGGAUAAUACAGCUGAUCAAGAUAAUAAUAGUGUUCAAAAGUCAUUACAAAUAGAAAAAACCAAAAACAAAGUAGCGAAUAAGAAUCAAAUCAGGAUUUUGAAAGCUGUCAAAUCUACUUCGAUGACUAAAAAUAACUCCAAAACACGUGUAAUCAAACCAAAGAGUAAGUAUCCACUAAGAUUAGCUCAGAAGAAAGUGUCAAAAGUAAGCGCAAACAAGAAAGCAAUCCAAGAACUACCGAUUUACAUCCCACGUAAAAUAUUCCGUAUAGUUUCUUUACUGCGCAAUGAAAGAUUUUACAAAUUGGUAGCUAAAUUUUUUAAGCCCAGUGCAAAAAUACCUGCAUGGAAAUUUUCCAAACAAUCUAACAAAAAAAGUGUCACUGGAAAACCUUCGUAA